GUGUGAUUCAGCUUUUCAUCCAGUGCUAAGCAACUGUUGGAAAAAAUCGUGUUUUCUGUAUUUUUCCUGUUUGAAAAUCGUACGAAAUGGUUGAAUCCGUGGCAGACGAUUGUAAAAAUCCGGACGAUGGACCGCAAAACGUGCUGGACGCGUUUGACACCCAGGACAAGGCGCGGGUGUUGGAGCUGAUUGGGCAGCUACCGGCUGCCGAACUGACGGAAGACCGUUUCGAAGAAGCUUACGAGGAAUACUCGGAAGUGCUGGCCAAGUACCAGGAACAGCCGCACCUGUUGGACGGCAGCUUGGAGGAGCUGGUGGAGCGAAUUCUAGGAUACAUAUUGGACAGGGAACAGAGCCAGCUUGUGAAGCACCGGGCGGCCAAGUAUCUGUAUCAGAUUAGCAAGGUGCGUACGUUCAAGGCGUUUCUGAAGUAUUUGCCCCAUGAGAUACGACACUUGAGCUUCGUGCUGGGGUACUUGGAACAGCAGGAUCAAGAGGAUUGGAAGAACUGGGAGACGCGAUUUGUGUGUUUGUUGUGGCUGUCCAUUCUGGUGCUGAAUCCUUUCGACUUGAGCCGGUUGGAUAGCGAUGAAGGUGAGAAGAGUACGAUGGAACGGAUUUACGAGGUGUGCAAGGUGAACUGUCUGAAGGAUGACAGCUGCACGCCGGUAGGAGCGUUUUUAACAUCCAAGUUUCUGAUUAGGAACGAUGUGAAGAAGGUUUUUUUGGGAGACUUUCUCGAAUGGGCCACUACCUGUAUGGAUAUAAUUGUGGAUCCGAAGCUUGGGCCACUGUCGGGAGUUGCAUGCGUUUUGAAGCAUGGAAAACGGGAAGAUCUGCUUCCGUAUGUGGAAAAGCUUGCCGACUGGGUUCUGCAUCUGGAUUACGAAAAAGUGUCGGCAAAUUUUAAAGUUUAUAAAAUUUGCAUCAAGAUUAGUCAAAGGAUUGGACUGGUGUUGCUUCCCCCUCGAAUAGCCAAGUGGCGAUACCAGCGAGGAGCUCGAUCGCUGUUGGCCAACGUUCAGAAGACUGUGACGACUGCGUCUCUGCAGGCGGAGACUCCAAAAUCGGACGAUUCCUCACCGGAUGAAGCCGAUUUCGAAGACGACGACGAAGUUCCGGCAGAAAUUGAAGAAAUAAUCGAAAAACUCCUGCUGGGACUGAAAGGCAACUCGACCAUCGUUCGUUGGAGCUCGGCCAAAGGAAUCGGCCGUAUUACGAAUCGCCUACCGAAGGCACUUGGAGACGAGGUGGUUUCCUCAGUCAUAGAACACAUCAGCCCUCUGGAGCAGGACGAUGCUUGGCACGGAGCUUGCCUGGCCCUGGCAGAACUCGCCAAACGUGGACUUCUGUUACCAGCGCGUCUCCCGGAGAUAGUUCCACUACUGUUGCAAGCUCUGGUUUACGACGAAAUCCAAGGCUAUCGGAAUGUGGGACAGAACAUCCGGGAUGCCGCGUGCUAUAUGAGCUGGGCAUUCGCCCGAGCCUAUCAUCCGGCCAUUUUGCAACCCUUCGUCGAGCGAAUUGCGUCUGCCCUGCUGGUGACGGUUGUUUUCGAUAGGGAAAUCAACUGCCGACGUGCAGCUUCCGCCGCCUUUCAGGAGAGCGUUGGCCGGUUGGGGAACUUCCCACACGGAAUCGACAUUCUAACGGUGGCGGAUUUCUUCUCGGUUGCCGUGCGCAGCAAUGCGUUUUUGGCGAUAAGCGAUUUCAUUUCGCAGUUUGAAGAGUACCGGAAGAAAUUGAUUGAUCAUCUUAUCGCGAAGAAGAUCAACCAUUGGGACACCAACAUUCGGGAGUUGUCGGCCCAAGCGUUGAGCAAUCUGGCCAAGCGAGAUCCGGUCUAUAUGCGGGAUGUGGUCCUACCGAAGCUAUUCGACCUCACGGAAACAACGGAUCUGAAUGCCCGCCACGGCGCAACGUUGGCCAUUGGCGAGAUUAUCCUAUCUCUGAAGCGACUGGCAGACCAACAGCAGUUGGAAGGAGAAACGUUCCUCUCAAAGCAGGUGGUGGAACGAGGAGGACAGUUGGUGAUCAAAUUCCGUCAGCGAGGGCAGUUCAAGGGAAUGAGCGGCACCUACAUGAAGCAUGGUUGCGCUAGUUACAUCAAAAAUUGCAGCGAUGCCGAACUCCCGCUGUUGGCGGAACAGAUUGAAUCCUGGCAGCUUCUUCUGGACGAAUCGAUCAUCGACGAGAAAAACACCACUCGAGAGCUUGCGGUUUGUGCUUUCUCCUCUUUCUGUUCCACCUACUAUCGCAGCGAAGACCCAGCCAAAUUGGCCAUGCUGAUCGAUAACUACCUAAAAGAUAUGCGGGACACCCAAAUUGAGCACAAAUCCCAAGGAAUUGCAGCCGCUCUCGGCGCAUUGCCCAAAUUCAUGCUACUGUUGAAAAUGAAGCCAAUCCUCGAAACGAUUGACAACAAAACGGUCCUGCCAGAGCUGUAUGCCGUUGGAUACAAUCACUCCGAGAUGCGGCGCGAUUGCAUCAAAGGAUUGGCCAACAUCGUGCAUACGGUGGGCUUCGAAGAUGACGUUUUGGAUUUGGACAAGGUCUACAAUAUCUAUCUAAGAGCCUUGGAAGAGUACGCCAUCGAUAAUCGCGGCGAUAUUGGUUCGUGGGUUCGCGAAGCUGGCGUCAAUGCGUUGUUCCAGUUUUUGACUUCGUGCCCGGCGGAAUUGCUUAAACCGGAACAGGUCCGGCGUGCUAUGGUAGCAAUUGCGAAACAAUCCGUAGAAAGAAUCGAUAAGAUCCGAGCCGUGGCCGGGAAGAUAUUCGUUUCGUUGGUCUACCACGACCCAGAAAUUCCACACAUCAGUCACAGGGAAGAACUUAAGGCCAUUUUCCCCGAAGAUACCACGGAGAUCUUGUGGCUGUUUCCGCACCACUCAUUCCCGCUGUUGAUUCAGCUGUUGAAUUUUCCAGAAUACCUGUCCAGUAUCGCCGGGGGGUUGAUUCUUUCCGUAGGUGCUCCAACGGAGUCCCUCCACAGUUGCGCUUCGAAGGUGAUGAACGAAUAUCUCAAAACCCAUCAAAGUCUAGUUCCGCAAUUUGGAGCGACCGUGCAGCGAAUUCUGCAGGCAAAAGCAACGAAGGAUCCGCUCGUUAUGUCGUCCACGUUCCAAUUCAUCUCAGAACUUUUGUCGUCAUCCUCCAAUUCCACUCUGUUGCUGUCGGAUGAAACAUCAGACUUCCCGGAAGCCAUCUUCACGUUGACGAACGAUCUCAUCGCGCAUAGCAAGAAACACCUUAGUUCUAUUCCAGCAUACUGUGCACUCAUGUUGGCACCGAAGAUAUGCAAACGCGUCCUGAGCAAGCUGGUCAUGUACCUGGGGAUGCUGUGCGUCAACAUUCGGCGGGAAACGGCGCUCAAAAUGUACGAAACCUUGCUGGUUUACGGGGAUCAAACUUGCAUUCCGGAGGAAAAUUUGGACGAAGUUUUGGCCUGCUUGAGUGAGGAGAAGUGGGACGGAGAACUGGACGAGGCGAGGAAGAUUCGCAAUCAGUUGUGCCUGUUGGUGGGCAUCAAGCCACCCGUAGCUAGGGUAGUGAAGUAGGUAGGUUGCUUAUCCGCACAAUGCAUUUAAAAGGUAUUUAUUAACGUUGAAUUUCACGCGAUCGCUUGCUAAUAUAAUAUUGUAUGCUUUAUGGAAUGCGCCUUAUGUCACCCAGUGAUGAUGCACGUUUAAAUAAAGUGAAACCAUACUAACUAACUGAUUAUAUA